AAAAAGGAUAAAGAACACAGAUCAUCUUCUCCACGACUCCACUCUAUAAAUACGCUUUCUGCAUUUUCGGAUCGUUGAACAUCUCUCUCUCUCUCUCUCUCUCUCUCUCUCUCUCUAAACCCAUUAAAGUAUUAAGCUUCAUAGAAGAACACUUCGAUGGCGACUAAAGUGUAUAUCGUGUACUACUCUAUGUAUGGUCAUGUGGAGAAAUUGGCUGAAGAAAUAAGGAAAGGAGCUGCUUCUGUUGAAGGUGUUGAAGCUAAACUAUGGCAGGUACCAGAGACGCUUCACGAAGAAGCACUCUCUAAGAUGAGCGCACCACCAAAAAGCGAAUCCCCAAUCAUUACCCCCAACGAGCUAACUGAAGCAGAUGGGUUUGUCUUUGGUUUCCCAACAAGAUUUGGUAUGAUGGCUGCUCAGUUCAAAGCCUUUUUGGAUGCAACCGGUGGACUCUGGAGGACUCAGUCACUCGCCGGUAAACCAGCUGGUAUCUUCUACAGCACUGGCUCUCAAGGUGGUGGCCAAGAAACCACCGCAUUGACGGCGAUAACUCAGCUGGUUCACCAUGGGAUGUUGUUUGUCCCAAUCGGUUACACAUUUGGUGCGGGAAUGUUCGAAAUGGAGAAUGUGAAAGGUGGAAGCCCAUAUGGAGCUGGAACAUUUGCAGGAGACGGUUCGAGACAGCCAACAGAGCUGGAGCUACAACAAGCAUUUCACCAAGGCAAGUACAUUGCCACCAUCACCAAGAAGCUCAAGGGGUCUACUGCUUAGAGCUUGAAAAGAUUAUGGUAUCAAUAAGAUAAAAAGAAAAAAACAGUUUGGUUCUGCUUUUUAUAUCUUUAUAUUCUUUCUCUUUGAAUUUGGGGGCUUUUGUGAUUUUUCGGGUUUAAUUAUCUUAAAAUACUUGAUAUUAUUUCACAGCAAUAAUUCUUGUCUUGGUAUUACGUAUAGAUAUGUAUGAUUUGUACUUGUGUUACACUCCAAACAAAAGAUUCGUCGUCAUUGUAACUUUGUUAAAGUUGAUUUUUUGGUUUCUUUAA